AUUUCAAUGCCAAGGCUUCAAGAGAGAGAACAAUCCCCCAUGCCCCACUGUGGAGCAAGUGCAGCUAACCGGAAGGGACAGGUGAAACGAAGCAUGUAACAACGACGUCGUUUCAAUAGCUGGAUAUUUGGAGAACAGGUCCCACUGAAUAAUUUUCUCCUCCAAUUCCCAGAUUUCCAAACAAAUUCCAAACCCUAGUUCUGAUCCAACUCCCACAAAUCCAGUGAGCGUAUUAAUAUAAAGUGAUUGGAUAAGAUGCAACGCGUUCCGGCAACAAUAGAGGAACAAUUGAUUUUGAAAGCAAUUAGGGAGGAAAGCCCUUGGGAGAACCUUCCGAAACGGCUUCAAGCAACUAUAGCUUCCAAAGAAGAAUGGCACAGAAGGAUAAUUGAACACUGCAUAAAGAAGAGGCUCCAAUGGAACUCUUGUUUUGCCCGUAAAGUAUGCAAAGAGAGUGAAUAUUAUGAAGAAAUGAUGCGUUAUUUGAGAAAGAACCUAGCACUGUUUCCUUAUCACCUUGCAGAGUAUGUUUGCCGUGUAAUGAGGGUAUCACCUUUCAGAUAUUACUGUGAUAUGAUAUUUGAGGUUAUGAAAAAUGAGCAACCUUAUGACAGCAUUCCAAAUUUCAGCGCUGCUGAUGCACUGCGGCUUACAGGAAUAGGAAGAAAUGAAUUUAUUGAUAUCAUGAAUAAAUGCAGAUCUAAGAAAAUUAUGUGGAAGCUGAAUAAGUCAAUCGCUAAAGAACUAUUACCCACACAGCCUGUGGACUUUGCAAUUGAACCAUGGUGGGGAGUAUGUCUUGUCAACUUUACCUUGGAAGAAUUUAAGAAACUCUCAGAAGAAGAAAUGGCGACAAUAGAUAAAGUGUGUAAGGAAGAAGCAAACUCAUUUGUCCUUUUUGAUCCUGAUGUUAUAAAGGGUCUUUUCCGACGGGGAUUGAUCUACUUUGAUGUCCCUGUUUAUCCUGAUGACCGCUUUAAAGGUAAUUCACAAACAUGCUGAAUUUUCAUGCCAAAGUCUAUCUCUGGUUGCUUCUUCGUCUGAACCAUCUAUAUAACGAGUUCU